GCGCCUCCCUCUCCUCGGCGGCGGUGGCGGCGGCAGCAUGGCGAGCCCUCCCGAGACGGAUGGCUUCUCGGACGUGCGCAAGGUGGGCUACCUGCGCAAACCCAAGAGCAUGCACAAGCGCUUUUUCGUGCUGCGGGCGGCCAGCGAGGCUGGGGGCCCCGCGCGCCUCGAGUACUACGAGAACGAGAAGAAGUGGCGGCACAAGUCGAGCGCCCCCAAACGCUCGAUCCCCCUGGAGAGCUGCUUCAACAUCAACAAGCGGGCGGAUUCCAAGAACAAGCACCUGGUGGCCCUCUACACCCGGGACGAGCACUUUGCCAUCGCGGCGGACAGCGAGGCCGAACAGGACAGCUGGUACCAGGCCCUCCUGCAGCUGCACAACCGUGCCAAGGGCCACCACGACGGGGCCGCAGGCCCCGGGGCGGGAGGCGGUGGGGGCAGCUGCAGUGGCAGCUCUGGCCUCGGCGAGGCUGGGGAGGACUUGAGCUACGGAGACGUGCCCCCAGGACCCGCCUUCAAGGAGGUUUGGCAGGUGAUCCUGAAACCCAAAGGCCUGGGUCAGACAAAGAACCUGAUUGGCAUCUACCGCCUCUGCCUGACCAGCAAGACCAUCAGUUUCGUGAAGCUGAACUCGGAGGCGGCGGCUGUGGUGCUGCAGCUGAUGAACAUCAGGCGCUGUGGCCACUCAGAGAACUUCUUCUUCAUCGAAGUGGGCCGUUCUGCAGUGACGGGACCCGGGGAGUUUUGGAUGCAGGUGGAUGAUUCUGUGGUGGCCCAGAAUAUGCAUGAGACAAUCCUGGAGGCCAUGCGGGCCAUGAGCGAUGAGUUCCGCCCUCGAAGCAAGAGCCAGUCCUCCUCUAACUGCUCCAACCCCAUCAGUGUACCUCUGCGCAGGCACCACCUCAACAACCCUCCGCCCAGCCAGGUGGGGCUGACCCGCCGCUCACGCACAGAGAGCAUCACUGCCACCUCCCCGGCCAGCUUGGUGGGCGGGAAGCAGGGCUCCUUCCGCGUCCGUGCGUCCAGUGAUGGGGAAGGCACCAUGUCUCGCCCCGCCUCUGUGGACGGCAGUCCUGUGAGCCCUAGCACCAACAGGACUCACGCCCACCGGCAUCGAGGCAGCUCCCGGCUGCACCCGCCUCUUAACCACAGCCGCUCUAUUCCCAUGCCUUCCUCUCGCUGCUCACCCUCCGCCACCAGCCCGGUCAGCCUGUCGUCCAGCAGCACCAGCGGCCAUGGCUCCACCUCGGACUGUCUCUUCCCGCGGCGGUCUAGUGCUUCUGUGUCCGGGUCCCCCAGUGACGGCGGUUUCAUCUCUUCCGAUGAGUAUGGCUCUAGCCCCUGUGAUUUCCGAAGUUCCUUCCGCAGUGUCACGCCGGAUUCCCUGGGCCACACCCCGCCCGCCCGCGGUGAGGAGGAGCUGAGCAACUACAUCUGCAUGGGGGGCAAGGGGGCCUCCACCCUCGCUGCCCCCAAUGGCCACUACAUUUUGCCUCGGGGUGGCAAUGGCCACCGCUGCCUCCCAGGAGCUGGCUUGGGCACGAGCCCAGCCCUGACCGGGGAGGAAGCAGGCCCUGCAUCUGAUCUGGAUAAUCGGUUCCGAAAGCGGACUCACUCUGCUGGCACAUCCCCUACUAUUUCCCACCAGAAGACCCCAUCCCAGUCCUCUGUGGCUUCCAUUGAGGAAUAUACAGAGAUGAUGCCGGCCUACCCACCAGGAGGUGGCAGUGGAGGCCGGAUGCCCAACUACCGGCACUCCGCCUUCGUGCCCACCCACUCCUACCCUGAGGAGGGUCUGGAAAUGCACCCCUUGGAGCGGCGUGGGGGUCACCACCGCCAAGACACCUCCAGCCUCCACACCGAUGAUGGCUACAUGCCCAUGUCCCCAGGAGUAGCCCCAGUGCCCGGCACCCGAAAGGGCAGUGGGGACUACAUGCCCAUGAGCCCCAAGAGCGUGUCUGCCCCGCAGCAGAUCAUCAACCCCAUCAGACGCCACCCCCAGAGAGUGGACCCCAAUGGCUACAUGAUGAUGUCCCCCAGCGGCAGCUGCUCUCCUGACAUUGGAGGUGGUCCCAGCAGCGGGGGCAGCAGCAGCGGUGCCGCCCCUUCUGGGAGCAGCUAUGGCAAGUUAUGGACAAAUGGGGUAGGGGGCCACCACUCUCACGCCCUGCCACACCCCAAACUCCCCGUGGAGAGCAGUAGUGGCAAGCUCUUGUCUUGUACAGGUGACUACAUGAACAUGUCGCCAGUGGGGGACUCCAACACCAGCAGCCCUUCCGACUGCUACUAUGGCCCCGAGGAUCCCCAGCACAAGCCAGUCCUCUCCUACUACUCAUUGCCAAGGUCCUUCAAGCACACGCAGCGCCCCGGGGAGCUGGAGGAGAGCGCCAGGCACCAGCACCUCCGCCUUUCCUCCAGCUCCGGUCGGCUUCUCUAUGCUGCGGCAGCAGAAGAUUCGUCGUCAUCCACCAGCAGCGACAGCCUGGGCGGGGGAUACUGUGGGGCUAGGCCCGAGCCCGGCCUCCCGCAUCUCCAUCAUCAGGUCCUGCAGCCCCAUCUGCCUCGAAAGGUGGACACAGCAGCCCAGACCAACAACCGCCUGGCUCGGCCCACGAGGCUGUCCCUGGGGGAUCCCAAGGCCAGCACCUUACCUCGGGCCCGAGAGCAGCCGCCACAGCCGGCCCUGCUGCACCCUCCGGAACCCAAAAGUCCAGGGGAAUAUGUGAAUAUUGAAUUUGGGGGCGAUCAGCCGGGCUACUUAUCAGGCCCGGUGGCGUCCCACAGCGCGCCUUCGGUGAGAUGUUCAUCGCAGCUCCAGCCAGCUCCCAGAGAAGAGGAGACUGGCGCCGAAGAGUACAUGAACAUGGACCUGGGGCCAGGCCGGAGGGCGAUCUGGCAGGAGAGCGCUGGGGUCCAGCCCGGCAGGGUGGGCCCCGCCCCCCCGGGAGCUGCUAGCGUGUGCAGGCCGACCCGGGCGGUGCCCAGCAGCCGGGGUGACUACAUGACCAUGCAGAUGGGUUGUCCCCGUCAGAGCUACGUGGACACCUCGCCAGUGGCCCCCAUCAGCUAUGCCGAUAUGCGGACCGGCAUCGUCGUGGAGGAGGCCAGCCUUCCCGGGGCCACAGCGGCCGCUCCCUCGGCGUCCUCGGCCACCUCUGCUUCCUCCGCCGCGCCCCAAGGAGCAGGGGAGCUGGCGGCCCGCUCUUCCCUGCUGGGGGGCCCGCAGGGACCCGGGGGCCUGAGCGCCUUCACACGGGUGAAUCUCAGUCCCAACCGCAACCAGAGUGCCAAAGUGAUCCGUGCCGACCCUCAAGGGUGCAGGAGGCGGCACAGCUCCGAGACCUUCUCCUCGACACCCAGUGCCACCCGGGCGGGCAACACGGUACCCUUCGGAGGGGGAGCUGCAGUUGGGGGCGGCGGUGGUGGCAGCAGCAGCACUGAGGAUGUGAAACGCCACAGCUCUGCCUCCUUCGAGAACGUGUGGCUGAGGCCUGGGGAGCUUGGGGGAGCCCCCAAGGAGCUGGCCCAGAUGUGCGGAGCAGCUGGGGGUUUGGAGAAUGGUCUUAACUACAUAGACCUGGAUUUGGUCAAGGACUUCAAACAGCGCCCUCAAGAGCGCCCCCCUCAACCGCAGCCUCCUCCACCCCCUCCUCCUCAUCAGCCUCUGGGCAACAGUGAGAGCAGCUCCACCAGCCGCUCCAGCGAGGAUUUAAGCGCCUAUGCCAGCAUCAGUUUCCAGAAGCAGCCAGAGGACCUCCAGUAGCUCAACUGGACAUCACAGCAGAGAUGAGCUGCUCAUAAAUGUUGAAGCUUAGUAAUAGAAAUUUGGUUAAAUGCUCAAGCGCCCAGAGUCUUCCACGGAAGAACACGCUCCGAUCCCACAUUUCUGCAGUAAAGGAAGCCAGCAGACCUGUUACAAUAGACUCACUGCUUUGUUUUUGUUAAAGGGAAAAAGAAAAGUAUUCGUUGUUUUUCCAUGCCUCUUUGGAAUCCUCAGGAUACAAAAUGUUACAUAACCCAGGAAGGAGGAAAUGCAUUAGUCGAGAAAGGACCACCUUUUCUCAUUUUGAUGUGCUUGUGCUAAUUGAUUGAGAAUGGAAAGGUGUCUCAGUUUUCAAACACCAACCAUUUUUAAUUUUUAUUACUUUACCUCUCCAGUUCACGUUCAUGGUAAUACUCAGGCAUUCAGCACCCAACCCCCUCACUCCCUCCAAGACUGAAUGAAUAACUAGUUCUUAAUAUAGUGUAGUAGGAUUAAGUAUAAAGGUUAAGGAUCUUUGUGAAGACUUUCAUGGACACCAAAGUCUCAUAGUUUCGAGAGUUCAAAAGAACUAAUGCUUUAAUUAGAACAUGAAGCUAUUUCGUUUCUUUGCAGUAUGCAUCCUUUCGCUUUGAUGUUUAACAGAAACCGCUUCAAAACUGAUUGCCUUAAAUUAUCAGCCAUUUGUCAGAUGAAAAUUCUGGGGGUUGGUGGAUUGGGCUGGGUUCUGCUUGUCUUUCGUGGGUGAGGUCCCGUGGUUGCAGUGGCUGGAGGGUCGGCUGGGGGCUGGUUGGUCUAGGAUGGCUCCCCUCACUUGUCUGAUGGAUGAUGCUGGCUGUCCAUUGGUGAUUGUGACCGCCUGUACCACAUGUCCCCUGUAGGCUAACCCGAGCUUCACCUGGCAUUGGAUGAGUUCCCAGCAGCAAGGGAGGGCAAGCGUGCCCAGGCACUUCUCAAGCCACUGCUUGCAUGAUUCACAUUUGCCACUGUGCCUUUGCCUAAAGCAAGUCACAAAGUCAUGCCCAGUUUCAAGGGGUAGAAAUAUAGAUAAUACUUUUUGAUGGGAGAAACCAUUUUUUUCUGCUCCAUGCAGGACAUAAAUGCAUUUAUUAAUGUCAUCAUUACCAAAGAUUUAUCAGUUGCAUGUCAAACACUUAGAAUACAAUUAUUCACCAUGUUUAUAAUGAACAUUCUCAGUUUGGGGCCAAAUAUCAGAGUUUCCUUCAUAUUCAGGUGGUGUCACUUUUUUCCUCUUUUUUUUUUGAAAAACAUGAAAGUUUAUGUUCUCUCAUUAAAUCUUUUUUUUUUUUUAAUUUUUAUUUUUUGGUCUUUUUAGGGCCGCACUCAAGGCAUAUGG